CUCUCUCUCUCUCUCUCUCUCUCUCUCUCUCUCACUGUUGUGUUUUGUUUAUGGCAACCUCGUUUUUGAGUGAACAAGAAGAAGAAAGUUGAAAGUGGUUUUCAGUUCCCAAAAAGCCUUGGUCUUCACUAAUGCUCUCGUGACUUUCUCUCUCUAUCACCUAUAUUCACCUUCAUCCUCAACAAAUCACAGACUCUCAUAGCUUCUUUCCAACCAAAUCCACUCUCAAAACACUUCACCACCGCCCCAGAUCUCUCUUUCACACAAUACAUCACAGAGUGUCUCAUUGGUGCUAUAAAGGUGAGGUGCUUGAAGAAGAGGAAACUGUGUUGCUUUGACUAGUUUCAGUUUGUUUGUUGGAAAAAGAAAUGACCAUUGAUAUGCUCCCAUCCGGGGCUCAAAGCGUGAGGACAAACAGAUCUUCAUUUGGCUCUGGCAAUGGGGAUACCCCUUUGCACAAUUAUGCCACUGUUAGCAACGGGGAUGGCUAUGACAGUGACGGUAGCAAUUUCGCGCCAGCCACACCAACAACUCUAUCGAUGGCUAUUCCAUCAGAACUCGCUGGAGCUGUACCCUUGAUUGAUAGAUUCCAGGUGGAAGGAUUUCUAAAAUUGAUGCAAAAACAAAUUCAAUCUGCUGGCAAACGAGGAUUUUUUUCUAAAAGGUCUGUGGGCCCCCAAGUUCGAGAGAAACUCACAUUAGAAGACAUGCUUUGCUUCCAAAAGGAUCCAAUACCUACAUCAUUGCUUAAGUUGAAUGGUGAUCUAGCAAGUCGGGCAACAAAAUUAUUCCAGAUAAUUUUGAAAUAUAUGGGAGUUGAUUCAUCUGAUCGUGUAACUCCAAUAGGCUUAGAAGAACGAGUUGAGCUUGUAAGUAAACUAUACAAGCAAAGUUUGAAGCGUUCAGAACUCCGGGACGAACUUUUUGUCCAGAUAUCAAAACAAACUAGAAACAACCCAGACAGGGAAUACUUGAUCAAAGCAUGGGAGCUAAUGUAUUUAUGUGCGUCGUGCAUGCCUCCAAGUAAAGACAUUGGAGGGUAUCUGUCAGAUUAUAUUCAUAAUGUGGCACACGGUGUUACUACUGAUCCUGAGAUCAGAGCCCGGGCAUUAAAUACACUAAAUGCUUUGAAGCGCACUGUCAAGGCUGGUCCUAGGUAUAUAAUACCUGGGGCUAUAGAGAUUGAAGCUCUGUUGACUGGGAAAAGGCUUACAACUAUAGUGUUCUUCCUAGAUGAAACAUUUGAAGAAAUUACAUAUGAUAUGUCAACAACAGUUGCUGAUGCUGUUGAGGAACUUGCAGGGAUCAUUAAACUGCCAACGUUCUCUAGCUUUAGCCUGUUUGAAUGUCAUAAAGUUGUUACCGGCUCCAAAUCACCGGAUACUGGGAAUGAGGAGUACAUUGGAUUAGAUGAUAAUAAGUAUAUUGGUGAUCUCCUGGCGGAAUUUAAGGCAGUGAAAGACCGAAGUAAAGGAGAAAUUUUGCACUGUAAGCUGAUAUUCAAGAAAAAAUUAUUUCGUGAAUCAGAUGAAGCUGUGACCGAUCAAAUGUUCUUGCAGUUGUCCUAUGUACAAUUGCAGCAUGAUUACAUUUUGGGUAAUUAUCCUAUUGGAAGGGAUGAUGCUUCCAAGCUCUCUGCAUUGCAAAUCUUGGCUGAGAUUGGAUUUGUUAGAAGACCUGAAUCCUGCACCGAGUGGAAUUCAUUUCUGGAGCGUUUUCUGCCUAGACAAAUUGCAAUGACUCGAGCCAAACGGGAAUGGGAGUUGGACAUUCUUUCUUGCUAUCAUUCACUGGAGCAUGUCACGAAAGACGAUGCAAGACAACAAUUUCUGCAUACAUUGAGAACACUUCCUUAUGGGUUUUCUGUUUUUUUCAAUGUUCGCAAAAUUGAUGAUCCCAUUGGACUCCUGCCUGGACGAAUAAUAUUAGGAAUUAACAAGAGAGGGGUUCAUUUUUUUCGGCCCAUUCCCAAGGAGUAUUUGCACUCAGCUGAGUUGAGAGACAUAAUGCAAUUUGGAAGCAGUAAUACUGCAGUAUUUUUUAAAAUGCGAGUUGCAGGUGUUCUGCACAUAUUCCAGUUUGAAACCAAGCAGGGAGAAGAAAUUUGUGUAGCUCUUCAGACACACAUAAAUGAUGUAAUGCUGCGCAGAUAUUCCAAAGCACGAUCUCCUACUGCGGGUUCUUUGAAUGAAGAUGUUUCUAGUAACUUUAAGCCUCCGAAUCUGGAAUUAUAUGAAAAACGUGUUCAAGAUUUAUCAAAACUUGUUGAAGAGUCUCAGAGUAAUGCUGACCAAAUGUUGGAAAAACUGCAUGAGAAGCAAAAACAAGAAGAGGUAAUGCUACAAGAAUUAGAGAGCUUGAAAGAAUCUUUGAGAGCUGGUAAGCAUAGUCUCACAGAAGUUACAAAUGAACGUGAUAGGCUUAGAUCAUUAUGCGACGAAAAGGAUAAGGCACUUCAGGCUAAAAUUCUUGAGAAAAGAUCCAUGGAAGAAAAGAUGGCCAAAAUGAGUAAUUUGGUGAUAGAGAGCACCACCAAAAAGGACCAUAACGAAGCAAAUGAUCAAGUCUUACGAAAACUUGAAGAUGACUUACAACUUUGUAAAGAUGAGUGUCUUGUAGCUGAAGAGACUAUCAAAAGCUUGAUUGAUGAAAAGUUGAUUUUGACACAGAAGCUAUCUGAGCUGGAGGAGAAUAAUGCUGAUGAGAUUAGUUCUCUUCAAUGGAAACUUGAGCAAGAACGUAAAGCUGUAAAUUCUCGAGUUUAUGAUCUUGAAAGAAAACUGGAUUUGUUAAAGCAAGAGUUAGUUGUGGCCGAGUCUGCACUCUCAUUAAAGGACUCUGAAUUGGCUGCUAUAAAGAAGGACUUAAAAGAGCUAGAAGAGUUGAGAGAAAUGAAAGAGGACAUUGAUAGAAAGAAUGCACAAACAGCUGCCAUAUUGAAGAUGCAAGGGGCUCAAUUAGCUGAAAUGGAAACACUUUAUAAAGAAGAGCAGAUUCUCAGGAAGCGAUACUUUAAUACCAUAGAAGAUAUGAAAGGAAAAAUAAGAGUUUACUGUAGGCUAAGACCUCUUGUUGAAAAAGAGAUUGCUGACAAAGAAAGAGAUGUUCUUGCAACGGUAGAUGAGUUUACAGUUGAGCAUCCGUGGAGAGAUGAUAAACCAAAACAGCAUAUAUAUGACCGCGUGUUUAACGGUGAUGCCACUCAGGAAGAAGUAUUUGAGGAUACAAGGUACUUGGUGCAAUCUGCAGUAGACGGCUAUAAUGUUUGCAUAUUUGCUUAUGGUCAAACUGGCUCUGGAAAGACAUUUACAAUCUAUGGAUCUGAAAACAAUCCCGGGCUUACGCCUCGUGCUACGGCAGAGCUUUUUAGAAUUUUAAGGAGAGAUAAUAACAAAUUUUCUUUUUCCUUGAAGGCAUAUAUGUUGGAACUAUAUCAAGAUACACUUGUAGAUCUUCUGUUACCUAAAAGCGCGAAGCGAUUAAAAUUGGAGAUUAAGAAGGAUUCAAAGGGAAUGGUAACUGUAGAAAACGUAACGACUGUGUCAAUUUCUACUAUGGAAGAAUUAAAUAGCAUAAUACAAAGGGGAUCAGAACGGCGGCAUACAUCAGGGACUCAAAUGAAUGAAGAAAGCUCAAGAUCUCAUCUUAUAAUGUCCAUUGUAAUUGAAAGCAUCAACCUUCAAAGUCAAUCAGCUGCAAGGGGAAAGCUAAGUUUUGUGGAUCUUGCUGGCUCAGAAAGAAUAAAAAAGUCAGGCUCUGAGGGUAAUCAGCUCAGAGAAGCUCAGAGUAUAAACAAAUCAUUAUCAGCACUUGGAGAUGUUAUUAGUGCUUUAUCUUCUGGUGGUCAGCACAUACCUUACAGAAAUCACAAGUUAACUAUGUUGAUGAGUGAUUCACUUGGGGGCAAUGCAAAAACUCUUAUGUUUGUCAAUGUAUCUCCAAUAGAAUCAAGCUUGGAUGAGACACAUAACUCCCUAAUGUAUGCGUCACGAGUGAGAUCAAUCGUGAAUGAUCCAAGCAAGAAUGUUAGUUCAAAAGAGAUUAUGCGGCUGAAGAAACAAGUUGCAUAUUGGAAGGAGCAAGCAGGUAGGAGAGGAGAGGAAGAAGAUUUAGAAGAAAUUCAAGAAGUACGACCAACUAAAGAGAAGACUGACAACCGCCAUUCUCUGUAAUAACUCUAGCCAAAUAUGUUCUUUUGUUUCUUGAAUGUUGUCUGGUCGAUCAGUUUCCACUUUGCAAGAUCUCACAGGCUUGAUAGGUUGUAACUUAAUUCAGAGGGGUCAUGCUGUAUAGUUGAAUCAUGUAUAUAUUGCUAAUCUUUAAUUCAUUCACUUAAUUAA